AUGAGUGCUAGCCUACCUCCACCAUCGCAUGAGGGUGUCAAUGCUGAGGCGCUUAUAUCUAUGCAGAGAGUUAUAGAGGGUUUAGCAAACCGAAUGGAUAGACAAGAGAGGAUUCAGCAGCAGAAUACUGCACCUGCUCAGACACAACCAAAUUCUCGAGCACCUGCACAGACUCAGACUUUUAGGAAAAACGAGGUAUCCUUGCAAGAUUUCCUGAAGUUGAAAUCACCAAAAUUCACAGGUUCUGAGAAUUCAACAGAUCCUCAAGGGUUCUUGGAUGGCUCACUUAAGGCACUGCGCGCUCUCGGAUGUUCCAGUGAGAGAGUCGUGGAGCUUGCAACAUACAAACUAGAGGACAUGGCCUAUACCUGGUAUGAAACUUUAGUGCUAGGGAGACCUGCAGGAGCAGCACCACUGACAUGGGACGCGUUCACUAAGUUGUUCAUGGAUAAUUUUCUACCUGACAGUCUGAGACAGAAAUAUGUUAACGAGUUUGAGAGAUUGGUUCAGACUCCAGAUAUGGAUGUAUCGACGUAUAAUACCAAGUUUUGUAAGCUGGCCAGAUAUGCUCCUUACUUGGUGCCUGGUGAAGCAGCCCGAGUGCGGAGGUUUGUUGAUAGGUUGGUUAGUCGUCUGUACAAUGCAGUAGUCCUACAGAUAAAGACUUUGACCUACUCAGAGGCAGUUGAUCUUGCUAGAAAGAUUGAAAACAAGGGACGCGAGGAACGUGCAGCCAACGAUUUACGUAAGAAGGCCAGGUCAGGGGGAUCUUUCAGUGGCAGCUUUAGUGAAAAUCGCAGAGCAGGGAAUCAGGGACAGCAGCAACAGGGUUCUCAGACAGAUUCAGUUUCACAGUCUGCAUAUAGACCACAUCAUAGACAGGGUACCAAGGGGCCAUCAUCAUCAUCUUCUGGAUAUCGUAGUUCUGGACAGAUGUAUGCCACUAUUCCAUCCUGCCAGACUUGCGGCAGACCACAUUUAGGCCAGUGUCGUGUUUUGACUGGAGGGUGUUAUCGGUGCGGCCAGUUGGGACACCACAUGAGGGACUGCCCUCAACCUCCAAGGAAUUCCGGCCAGGCUUCUGUUCAGUUAGCUGCACCUACUCAGGCUACUCGUAAUAAUUCAGGUACUGCUGGUACAGGAAACAAAGGUCGAGGUAUUGGAGAUCGUGCUACUGGGAAUCAUGGACAAGGUAAUGCUGGUAGAGGACCGGCGAGAGUUUUUGCACUUACUAGACAGGAUGUUCAGGCCUCGAAUGCAGUGGUUACAAGUAUUCUUUCGGUUUGUUCAUUUGAUGCACUUGCACUGAUUGAUUCGGGAUCUACCCAUUACUAUGUGUCCCCGUACUUUGCUUUAAAGUUUGAUAGACAGCCAGACAUGUUAAAUGAUCCUUUUCUUGUUGCUACUCCUGUGGGAGCUUCUCUAUUAGUUGAAUAUGUGUAUCGUGCUUGUCAAAUUCAAGUUGAGGGUAGGGAUACUCUAGCUGACCUGAUUGUACUUGAUAUGGUUGAAUUUGAUGUGUUGAUGGGCAUGGAUUGGUUAUCUUCUUGUUAUGCUACUGUUGAUUGCAACGCCAAAAUAGUUAAGUUUAAGAUACCCAAUGAGCCCACCUUUGUAUUAAAAGGGGGUCAAAUUCCAGAGGUUGAUAAAGUCAUAUAUUUUAUGAAGGCUCAACGAUUGUUGAAGAAAGGUUAUGUAAUCCUCUUAGCUAUGAUAAGUGACACAAGAGAGGAAGCACUUAGCUUGGAGAAUGUAUCAGUAGUGAAAGAAUUUUCUAAUGUAUUUCCUGAGGAUUUGCCAGGAUUACCUCCAGUACGAGAAAUAGACUUCAGUAUUGAUUUGAUACCUGACACAUUCCAAUAUCUAAACCCCCAUAUCGGAGUUGUUCACUUUUCGAAGAUUGAUCUUCGGUCUGGUUACCAUCAGCUUAGAAUCAAACAAGAAGAUAUUUCAAAAACAGCAUUCAAAACUCGAUACAGGCAUUACGAAUUCCUUGUGAUGCCUUUCGGAUUGACCAAUGCUCCAGCUGCAUUCAUAGACUUAAUGAAUAGGGUGUUCAAGCCGUUUCUGGAUAAAUUUGUGAUAGUGUUUAUUGAUGAUAUCUUGAUUUAUUCUCGUAGCCAGGAAGAACACGAGAAUCAUCUGAGGAUUGUGUUGCAGACAUUGCGAGAACAUGAGCUUUAUGCUAAGUUCUCAAAGUACGAAUUUUGGCUAGACUCAGUUGCAUUUUUGGGGCAUGUUGUAUCCAAAGAUGGAAUCAUGGAUUUCUCUCGGAAUAGCAGUUCCAUUGACCAUGUUAACACAGAAAAAUAUGAAGUUUCAGUGGACAGAGGAAUGUGA